AUGGAUCUACGUGAUAUUAUAGCCACUCGUGGCUUCGCGACCUACAGCUUGCGUCAUCCUCGGGAAGCACUGUCAAGCUUUGGCCCAACCCUGAACGAGGCCACCUUCGGCUUUUUAGGGACAUCUUUCCAGCCAGAGCGCGAUAUUCGCGACUUAGAAGGCAAGGUCGUCCUUGUGACUGGAGGCAAUGCCGGCCUAGGCAAAGAGACCAUUCUCCAACUCGCCAAGCAUCGCCCGUCGCGCAUCUACAUGGCCGCCCGCACCGAGAGCAAGGCGCGCGGGGCAAUUGAAUCGCUACAAAGCCAGCUCCCCUCCCCUGCCGAUAUUCGCUUUCUCCCCCUCGAUCUCUCUUCCUUCAAAUCCAUUCGCGCCGCCGCAGACAAGUUCCAGUCCGAUAGCGAUCGCCUGGAUAUCCUGAUACUAAAUGCGGGCACGAUGGGUAACCCGCCCAUCACGACAGAGGAGGGCUACGAGAUCCAGUUCGGCACAAACCAUAUCGGUCACUUCCUGCUCACAAAAUUGCUUCUGCCUACGCUGCAGAAGACCGCUGAUCUUCAGCGCGCCAAGGAUGAGGUCCCCGAUGUGCGGGUCGUGACGGUCGCUUCGGCAGCUCACUGUGUUGGCCCCUCCACUUUCGAGGAACUUACGUCUACCCCUGGCUUGUUGGCUUCCAGUACCUGGACGCGCUACGGCGCCUCCAAGUCGGCUAAUAUUCUCUUUGCAUCCGAGCUGGCCCGCCGGUAUCCUGAUAUCCUGUCUGUUGCUGUGCACCCGGGUGCAGUUGACAGCGGGCUCUAUGGGCAUACGAAAACUCUGAACUCGCUGAUGAAGUAUAGUAUCAAUGCUGCUGGCUCUAUGGUUUUCCGGAGUAUCGCUAGUGGGGCCCUCAAUUCUCUUUGGGCAGCUGGUACGCAAAGGGAAAAUAUUAUCAACGGAGCUUACUACACCCCCAUUGGGUACCGCAGUGGUGGCACUGCGACUGUACAGAACGAACAAUUGGCCCACAAGCUCUGGGAUUGGACCGAGAGUCAGGUUUCCAAGCAAAAUUGA